AUGGCGAAUUUCUCUGCUUGUUUCUAUGUGCUUCUGAGUACCGUUGCCGGUAGCUGUUGGUGUCUGCUGAACGAAUCGCCCGGUUGCAGCCUGAAGGACCUGCGCUCCUGCGGCACGGAUUACGUUCCCUACGGCAAGGCGACGCGCAUGGCGGAGACCGAGGCGGAGCUCGAGAACCAAUGCGAGACGCAAUUGACGCAGGUGCGAUGCACUUCGAGCUUCGCCGGCAGGUGCCUGGAACAGCUUCCGCGCGUGGUGGGCCUCUUGGCGUACCAUGCGGCCGAGGAAGACAUCGAAGCCAUCUGCACCCCGGACACGGAAAUGAGGCAACAGUACCAGGACAGCGUCCAGUGCAUGAACGCUGCAGGUGGCCAGCUGAACGUUUGCCUCAAGACUGCUUUUGAAAGUUUUGAAGGCAUCGUGGCGAACGUCACCCGCAAAGAAAAAAUCAACUACGCCUGCUGCCACUACCACAACCUCCUGGACUGCCUUCAGACAGCCGUGAAAGACUGCGAUCACACACCCGCGCUCGAGUUCCUGACGAGCGUCAACGAGCACAUUUUCGGCCAGGUCUUGAGUCUGGUGUGCGGUGUGCACAGCCGCGGUUCCGACGCCUGCAAGAAGCUUCCUCCGCUGCCACCCGUGGCACCAGGGGGUGCCGACAUCGGCAACUUCCUCGAGCCCAUCAUCGACAUUGCCAAUUCCCUAAAGGGCGGGAAGUAG